UAACUAAAGUUUUUCCAAUCAUCCAAACACCCCCUUAUUAUUUUCUCUCUCUAAAAACCAAAAAAAACACCAACCUUUCCUUCUUUCUAAUGGGAGAAGUAAACGGAGACUAUAACGGCAAACUUAACGGCGUAGAAGAAGACGACGAGAGAGUAUACGAAUGGGAAUCAGGUUUACCUAACGCCGAUGACAUAACUCCGUUAAGUCAAGGUUUAAUUCCGUUAGGACUUUUAACGGCGUUUAAUAUUAGGCCGGAACCCUACCGUACUUCCAUUGAAGUAUCACAAGCUUCCAAGGAAACAGUCUCGCUCAUCCGUGGCUCGAAUUACAAGUCUUACGACGACGACGAAGACGGAGAAGAAGAUGAACAAAACGACGACGAAUCGGAGAAUAACAAGAAGCAGCGGCGAAACGAAUCGCCGGAAGACGCCGACUCUGCGGCGGCGGAGGCGGCGGAAGAUGGCGGCGGUGGUGGUGGUUCCGGCGGAGAUAAGGCGGUGAAGAGAGCAAGAUUAGUGUGGACGCCACAAUUGCAUAAGAGGUUUGUUGAUGUAGUUGGACAUUUAGGCAUUAAAAACGCGGUUCCGAAAACAAUUAUGCAGCUGAUGAAUGUGGAAGGAUUGACUAGAGAGAAUGUAGCUAGUCAUUUACAGAAAUAUCGGCUUUAUUUGAAGCGGAUGCAAGGAGGUUCGAGCUCGAAUUCGUCGUCGGAAAAUGGAAAUGGGAAUGGGAAUGGAAAUGGAGGGAUGUCGGUGACGGUACGGGUGAUGCCGGUACCGGUACCAAUGAUGGGGAUGAUGGGGAAUUAUAGUAGGAAUGGGUUUGAAUCACAUAGUUAUAGUCAUAAUCAGCCGCAUACUAGUAAUCAUUAUAAUCACAAUCAACACCAACAGUAUAGUAAUGGGAAUGGGAAUGGGAAUGGGAUGAUGAUGCAAUCAGGGAAUAGGUAUGGUUCAGUUAUGUCUUAUCAUCAUCCUACUCAUGUUUCUCCUGGUGAUAAUUGAAGAUUAAAGGACAGAAUUUUGGAUCUUUGAGAUAUUUUUUCAGAAAGAUUAAGUGGUUGAACACUUGGAAAUGCACUUCAGAACAUGGCAAUGCUUCACACAAGCGACACGGGAUCAAUUGAGGGAGAUGUCUGUAAUGUAUAAAUGCCUUAUGAUCAAGUCUGAAGGAGUCAGGACUCCUUGUCUGGUGUAUAUCUUUCCGCUGUCACAUUUGUGUAGAGGAAAGAAUUCUAGAAUGGUUCAUUUAGGCUACAUAUACCACACGGACUCAAGAAUAUGUUUCUGACGUGUUCCUGAGAUCGAUGUACAAUUGAUUCAAGCAUAACAUUGUAUCUUCCUUUUCAGCUUUCAAGCUGAAGCAACACAAGAAAGAUGAACAGAUUAUCUAACAACUCUGCUAUCCUCCUCUGCCUGUUCGGUAUACAUGUACAUUGAGUUUAUUUUCUCUCACAAUUUUGUUUGCUCCCAUUGCAGAUAGGCCUUCUUUUUCAUAUAUAUUUUUUUAUCUUCCUUUUGCUUUACUUCUCUCAAAGGGAACGAGAUCAACAGUUGGGGAUGCAUCAAAGGAAACAAUAGGGCGGUGUUUUGGGUUUUAUGUUUAAAUAGGAGUAGGACUAAAGAGCAAACGGUUUGUUAGCAAACAAGAGAGAGGAAAUGGGGUGGAGCCUGUGCAAUCGGAAAACCUAAAUGCUCUCUCUUGCUCGUAACAAACAGUUUGUCAUUUACCGAAUUACCAUUUUCGUUGGUACUUGGUAGCUUAUGUGUCAUGAUCUUGAAAUAGAAAUUAGGGCAGCAGGAUAUUGAUUUAGACUAUGGUACUACACAGGUUCUCUGAAGAUGUGGGUUGGAUUUAAAGUUUUAUAUUUCCUUGUUUCUAGGGGGGAGUGGUAUGAUGCUCUUGUAGUUCAGGGUAGUAUGAAUCUAGUACUGUGUGAUCGGGAGAAACGAACGUUCACAAGUUAGUUUCAGUGGUGUUUGUGGACAAAAUAUCAGCUGGUAUAAGGUAUUUGUGCAGUGAAUUUGAUGCUUGCACCUGAUAUUUGAUUGAGUAGAACCUAGUUAGUAAGAAAGAAGAUCUAUGUUCCAUGGACCAUAAUACUGAAAUUGCAAAGGGGGAAGAUGCCACUUAUCUUUCUAUGCACCUUUACAUGAGAUUCUCGUAAGCUCAACUUCUGAUCAUAAAUUUAGGGUUUACCAAGGGACCCGGCUUUUUUUGGAAAGUGCAAGUGGUCCUUGUAGAUAAACUUCAAGAAUCAAGUGGCUUUGUGGUCCAUUUCUUUCAAGCUUCAAGUGUUUGAAUGAUUCAAUCACUGUUUUAGACUGUUGGUGACUGAAACCAACCCCCCGCCCCCCUCUAAAGAAAUGAAAAACAAAAAGGAAGAAGAAUAACGUUCCACUUCGUAGGCGUUUUCAUAACGAA